AGCCGAUAGUCCCCGUAUAGAUAAAGAUGACCUCAGACGCUUUCACCGGGUCCCACUUGCCACCCCGAACCACCCACACGUGAUUUCCGGGCUACUCUUCGCGCGGCGAAAGACUGUCCGCCGGCCAGUUAGAGUACAAGCAAUCACUUGACAAGGCUGGGCAAUCGCAGACGCAGACCAGCGAGAGAUGAAAUGUGAGCGACGGCCGGCAUGCCCUCAUAUUUCUAUCAUCUUGCGGUUGAACUAUUCGCUCGGCCUCAUUCUAAAUUAAGAAGAACCGGUGAAGGCGCGGAUUCGCACUCUACUUCCUUAUCGUUCGACUCCGCAUGUGAAGCCUUGUAUCCGUUUCAGAAACGCCCACGACAGUCGCAGAACGGAUCCCUCCGUUACGCUCGCCAAUCUACGAAUGGCAAAAGACACCAGAGCUCCUCCUCACCAAGUCAUCUUGCUGAAUCUACUCACGCUGUCGCUCCAAACGCAUCUAACCCACACCUCUACUCAGCAUCUUCGAGAAAUGUAUCAGAAUUCGAGCAGGACCUCCGAUUAGAUAAAGUCUCGAUUGAGUGCAUUGACAUGAUUCCGUCCGAACAAGAAUCAGCUGCCUCGAACCGGACAGGCUGGCGGUUAUCCCGCGACAACCCCAUCGCGACCGGGAUCGGAACGGACAUCUUGGGUGGAUUGCGCACGAAAGGGAAAUACAUCCCGUUGGAUCAAAGUACGUCUGAAAGUGUCUGGGGUAUAGUGCAUCUUUACCGUGAUGCGCAGGAGACGCCAUAUUUGGUCGAGGAGGACUAUCACUCUGAAUUGAAGGGGUCUGCUGCCGCGGCGAGACAACCUGAGGGGGACAGUAGUCGAGUGUCGCGGCAGGAGACCAUGCCAGAUGAAGACUGCACAACACUCUGCAUCCUUGCAGUUCCGUCGUACAUGUCACCGUCAGAUCUUUUGGGUUUCGUGGGCGAGACCACGAUGAACGACGUCAGCCAUUUCCGGAUGAUUAGGACAGCUCGAGCCAAUAGAUACAUGGUUUUGAUGAAAUUCCGCAGUUGGAAGAGGGCUAAAGAUUGGCAGAGGGACUGGAAUGGAAAGGUAUUCAAUAGCAUGGAGCCUGAAACGUGCCAUGUCGUGUUUGUUAAGACGGUUGAAAUACAAGCGGUCGAACCCGGGACACUUUCUGAGGGCAACGGUGAACAGAGGACGCUUUCAUCCUCUCACAAUGCAACUCUCGGUCCUGUCCGUACAGCUCCCGCCUCUACCUCCGCUACUCCGUCUGCAACGCUCUCGUCUCGGCCUCUCGCCCCUCCUACUCCAGCACUCAUCGAGCUCCCAACAUGCCCCGUGUGCCUGGAACGUAUGGACGAGACGACUGGGCUGCUGACCAUUAUCUGUCAGCACGUCUUUCACUGCACCUGCCUUCAGAAAUGGAAAGGCAGCGGCUGCCCAGUGUGCCGCUACACCCAGCACGACCUACGUCGAGCCAGCCAGGGGCCCGUGGCCACCGGAGAUGAAUCGGCCGAGUGCAUCGUCUGCCACUCCGACAUGAACCUCUGGAUCUGUCUAAUUUGCGGCAGCGUCGGCUGCGGGCGGUACGACGGCGCCCACGCCUACGCGCACUAUAAGGAGACCACGCACGCCUUCGCGAUGGACCUGGCCACCCAACGCGUCUGGGACUACGUUGGAGAUGCCUACGUGCAUCGCAUCAUUCAGAACAAAACGGAUGGCAAACUCGUUGAGCUCCCCGCGGCGGACCACAGUGCCCUUGACCCUCCGGAUUGGACGGACGCCGUACCUCGCGAGAAACUAGAGAACAUGAGUGUGGAAUACACGCAUCUUCUCACCAGCCAGCUGGAGAGCCAGCGCGCCUACUUCGAGGAAGUAGUCGAGCGCGCCGUAGACAAAGCGUCACAGGCUAGUGCAGCGGCGUGUACCGCGCAGGAAGCUGCGUCGCAAGCGGUGACUAGUCUGGGAGGGCUGCAGAUGCAGUACGAUAAACUAAUAACGGAGACGAUUCCGGGGCUGGAGCGAGACAAAUCUCGUGCGGAGAAGCGCGCGGAGCGUUUUGAGGCCAUGGCACGCAAGUUGGAGAAAGAGUGGCGCGAGGAGAAGACGAUCAAUGAGAGUCUGAUGGAGCGGAUUCAGCAUUUGAGCGCCGAGGUGGAGGGCCUUAAGCUUGCGAACGCGGACCUGACGGAGCAGAAUCGCGACCUGACCUUUUUCAUCAGCGGAUCAGAGCGGUUGAAGGGCCGGGGUGAGGAUGUGCAGGAGGGAACGGUUAGUGUGUCUGAUCCGCCGAGUGGUGGUGGCGCCAAAAAGAAGGGGAAGGGGAGGAGGAAAUAGCCGUGUGCACACGAUGAUCUUUCGUCUUGCUGAGAUUGACUUCAGAUUUGUCUUUUUCGUCAUGUUCUGAACAACUCCUAAAUGUAAUCAGACAGCAUUCUUUCCAGAUGCAAGGCGAAAGGUCUGAGAUUGAAAGGAGAACAAGAAAGAC